AUGUCUCCUCCUUCCCAAGGUGUCUCCCUGAGCCUGGUGAACGGCAGGAACCGGUGUGAGGGGCGUGUAGAGAUUUACCAGUAUGGGAACCGGGGCACCGUCUGUGAUGACAGCUGGGACCUGCAGGAUGCCGAGGUCGUGUGCAGGCAGCUGGGGUGCGGCUAUGCUGUAUCUGCACCAUCAAGUGCCUACUUUGGACAAGGCACCGGCAACAUCUACCUGGAUGACGUGCACUGCACAGGGAAUGAGUCGUCCCUCUUCGAGUGCAGGAACAAUGGUUGGGGCAUCCACAACUGUCAACACGGUGAAGAUGCUGGUGUGGUGUGCUCAGGUACCCUUGCUUGUGUCUCCCUGAGCCUGGUGAACGGCAGGAACCGGUGUGAGGGGCGUGUAGAGAUUUACCAGUAUGGGAACCGGGGCACCGUCUGUGAUGACAGCUGGGACCUGCAGGAUGCCGAGGUCGUGUGCAGGCAGCUGGGGUGCGGCUAUGCUGUAUCUGCACCAUCAAGUGCCUACUUUGGACAAGGCACCGGCAACAUCUACCUGGAUGACGUGCACUGCACAGGGAAUGAGUUGUCCCUCUUCGAGUGCAGGAACAAUGGUUGGGGCAUCCACAACUGUGGCCACGGUGAAGAUGCUGGUGUGGUGUGCUCAGCAAGAGAAGGUGUCCCCCGUGACCAGUGGUCUCCCAUGUUUUCCAUGUCUCCUCCUUCCCAAGGUGUCUCCCUGAGCCUGGUGAAUGGCAGGAACCGGUGUGAGGGGCGUGUAGAGAUUUACCAGUAUGGGAACCGGGGCACCGUCUGUGAUGACAGCUGGGACCUGCAGGAUGCCGAGGUCGUGUGCAGGCAGCUGGGGUGCGGCUAUGCUGUAUCUGCACCAUCAAGUGCCUACUUUGGACAAGGCACCGGCAACAUCUACCUGGAUGACGUGCACUGCACAGGGAAUGAGUCGUCCCUCUUCGAGUGCAGGAACAAUGGUUGGGGCAUCCACAACUGUCAACACGGUGAAGAUGCUGGUGUGGUGUGCUCAGGUACCCUUGCUUGUCCUUCCUCAACACCGGGACGCUUUCAAGAAGCAGCCCUUGUUGGCCGCUGUGUCUCCCUGAGCCUGGUGAACGGCAGGAACCGGUGUGAGGGGCGUGUAGAGAUUUACCAGUAUGGGAACCGGGGCACCGUCUGUGAUGACAGCUGGGACCUGCAGGAUGCCGAGGUCGUGUGCAGGCAGCUGGGGUGCGGCUAUGCUGUAUCUGCACCAUCAAGUGCCUACUUUGGACAAGGCACCGGCAACAUCUACCUGGAUGAUGUGCACUGCACAGGGAAUGAGUUGUCCCUCUUCGAGUGCAGGAACAAUGGUUGGGGCAUCCACAACUGUCACCACGGUGAAGAUGCUGGUGUGGUGUGCUCAGGUACCCUUGCUUGUGUCUCCCUGAGCCUGGUGAAUGGCAGCAGCCGGUGUGAGGGGCGUGUAGAGAUUUACCAGUAUGGGAACCGGGGCACCGUCUGUGAUGACAGCUGGGACCUGCAGGAUGCCGAGGUCGUGUGCAGGCAGCUGGGGUGCGGCUAUGCUGUAUCUGCACCAUCAAGUGCCUACUUUGGACAAGGCACCGGCAACAUCUACCUGGAUGAUGUGCACUGCACAGGGAAUGAGUUGUCCCUCUUCGAGUGCAGGAACAAUGGUUGGGGCAUCCACAACUGUCACCACGGUGAAGAUGCUGGUGUGGUGUGCUCAGAUGCCACAAGGACGACUGCACCCAGCUUCACAGUAUCCAUUCCUCCAGGUGGGUCUCACUUUGUCACGGUUUUGCUGGCCACUGCCUCUGGCGGUACCACUUUGUGGCUCACAGGGUGGGAUUUGGUCUUCUCCACGGCACAGCAGAGCCAGGGAACCACACAGAGUAGUUAUGCUGAGGGCGGCCGUCCUGGUGGCCUGAAACUCGGAGAGCACUGCCAUUGUGGCAGCAAGAGAAGGUGUCCGCGUGACCAGUGGUCUCCCAUGUUUUCCAUGUCUCCUCCUUCCCAAGGUGUCUCCCUGAGCCUGGUGAACGGCAGGAACCGGUGUGAGGGGCGUGUAGAGAUUUACCAGUAUGGGAACCGGGGCACCGUCUGUGAUGACAGCUGGGACCUGCAGGAUGCCGAGGUCGUGUGCAGGCAGCUGGGGUGCGGCUAUGCUGUAUCUGCACCAUCAAGUGCCUACUUUGGACAAGGCACCGGCAACAUCUACCUGGAUGAUGUGCACUGCACAGGGAAUGAGUUGUCCCUCUUCGAGUGCAGGAACAAUGGUUGGGGCAUCCACAACUGUCACCACGGUGAAGAUGCUGGUGUGGUGUGCUCAGGUACCCUUGCUUGUCCUUCCUCAACACCUGACCAGUGGUCUCCCAUGUUUUCCAUGUCUCCUCCUUCCCAAGGUGUCUCCCUGAGCCUGGUGAAUGGCAGCAGCCGGUGUGAGGGGCGUGUAGAGAUUUACCAGUAUGGGAACCGGGGCACCGUCUGUGAUGACAGCUGGGACCUGCAGGAUGCCGAGGUCGUGUGCAGGCAGCUGGGGUGCGGCUAUGCUGUAUCUGCACCAUCAAGUGCCUACUUUGGACAAGGCACCGGCAACAUCUACCUGGAUGAUGUGCACUGCACAGGGAAUGAGUUGUCCCUCUUCGAGUGCAGGAACAAUGGUUGGGGCAUCCACAACUGUCACCAUGGUGAAGAUGCUGGUGUGGUGUGCUCAGGUGUCUCCCUGAGCCUGGUGAAUGGCAGGAACCGGUGUGAGGGGCGUGUAGAGAUUUACCAGUAUGGGAACCGGGGCACCGUCUGUGAUGACAGCUGGGACCUGCAGGAUGCCGAGGUCGUGUGCAGGCAGCUGGGGUGCGGCUAUGCUGUAUCUGCACCAUCAAGUGCCUACUUUGGACAAGGCACCGGCAACAUCUACCUGGAUGACGUGCACUGCACAGGGAAUGAGUUGUCCCUCUUCGAGUGCAGGAACAAUGGUUGGGGCAUCCACAACUGUCACCACGGUGAAGACGCUGGUGUGGUGUGCUCAGGUACCCUUGCUUGUCCUUCCUCAACACCGGGACGCUUUCAAGAAGCAGCCCUUAGCCAGGGAACCACACAGAGUAGUGUCUCCCUGAGCCUGGUGAAUGGCAGCAGCCGGUGUGAGGGGCGUGUAGAGAUUUACCAGUAUGGGAACCGGGGCACCGUCUGUGAUGACAGCUGGGACCUGCAGGAUGCCGAGGUCGUGUGCAGGCAGCUGGGGUGCGGCUAUGCUGUAUCUGCACCAUCAAGUGCCUACUUUGGACAAGGCACCGGCAACAUCUACCUGGAUGAUGUGCACUGCACAGGGAAUGAGUUGUCCCUCUUCGAGUGCAGGAACAAUGGUUGGGGCAUCCACAACUGUCAACACGGUGAAGAUGCUGGUGUGGUGUGCUCAGGUACCCUUGCUUGUCCUUCCUCAACACCGGGACGCUUUCAAGAAGCAGCCCUUAGCCAGGGAACCACACAGAGUAGUGUCUCCCUGAGCCUGGUGAAUGGCAGCAGCCGGUGUGAGGGGCGUGUAGAGAUUUACCAGUAUGGGAACCGGGGCACCGUCUGUGAUGACAGCUGGGACCUGCAGGAUGCCGAGGUCGUGUGCAGGCAGCUGGGGUGCGGCUAUGCUGUAUCUGCACCAUCAAGUGCCUACUUUGGACAAGGCACCGGCAACAUCUACCUGGAUGAUGUGCACUGCACAGGGAAUGAGUUGUCCCUCUUCGAGUGCAGGAACAAUGGUUGGGGCAUCCACAACUGUCACCACGGUGAAGAUGCUGGUGUGGUGUGCUCAGGUACCCUUGCUUGUGUCUCCCUGAGCCUGGUGAAUGGCAGGAACCGGUGUGAGGGGCGUGUAGAGAUUUACCAGUAUGGGAACCGGGGCACCGUCUGUGAUGACAGCUGGGACCUGCAGGAUGCCGAGGUCGUGUGCAGGCAGCUGGGGUGCGGCUAUGCUGUAUCUGCACCAUCAAGUGCCUACUUUGGACAAGGCACCGGCAACAUCUACCUGGAUGACGUGCACUGCACAGGGAAUGAGUCGUCCCUCUUCGAGUGCAGGAACAAUGGUUGGGGCAUCCACAACUGUCACCACGGUGAAGAUGCUGGUGUGGUGUGCUCAGGUACCCUUGCUUCGACCCAUCUCCAGCUGGUGAACGGAAAGCACAGAUGUGAAGGUCGCGUUGAGGUCUAUUACGAAGGACGGCUGGGGACAGUUUGUGAUGAUUACUGGGACAUUUCUGAUGCCCAGGUUGUGUGCAGGCAGCUGGGAUGUGGCCAGGCCAUUACAGCUCUAGGCAACGCUUACUUUGGGGAAGGCUCGGGUGACAUCCUGCUGGACAAUGUGAAGUGCAAUGGAAGUGAGGUCUCCUUGUUGCACUGUAAUCACCCUGGAUGGAGGAUACACAACUGUGACCACUAUGAAGAUGCUGGUGUUGUCUGUUCAGGUGCUCUCCGGUGCCUACGACAGACUGGCCGUAUUCAACAGGUGAUUGACGCUGGCCUGCCCCACUCCUGGCCUUGCACCAAGCACCACCCCAAGACCACUGACCGGGCAGCCCCUGGGGAUGACCUGAGCCUCUGCAGAAGGGUGUUGAGAUGGAAAGACAAUUACAGCGCUGUUGACCUCCACCGUGCCAAAGACCUCAACACUGCCUACAGUGUCCAUAUCAGACAUGACCUCCAUGGGGCAGAAAAGUACCACAGGAGCAAUGACCUCCCUAGCAGAGACAACUGUCGCAGCACCAACGACUUCCAUAGUGUGGAUGUCCUCUAUAGCAGACAUAACCACGACAGUGCCAACCACUCUCCUAGCAGAGACAACGACCCUAUCAGAGACAGUGAUGACCACAGAGACAAUGGCUACCACAACAGAGAGAAGCACACCAGGAACGGCUGCGAGGGCCGUGUGGAGGUGUACUACGGCGGCAGCUGGGGGACGGUGUGCGAUGACGAGUGGGACCUGAGGGAUGCCCAGGUGGUGUGCCAGCAGCUGGGCUGUGGCCAGCCCACCAACGCCCCGGGCAGCGCGUACUUCGGCCUCGGCUCCGGGAGCAUCCUCCUGGAUGAUGUGCAGUGCCGCGGGGAUGAGACCUCCCUCGGGAUGUGCCGGCACAACGGCUGGGGCAUGCACAACUGCGGGCACGUAGAGGAUGCCGGCGUCAUCUGUGCAGGUGCGGCACAGCCAGCUCCCCUGCGGCUCUCCGGUGGCAGGAACGGCUGCGAGGGCCGUGUGGAGGUGUACUACGGCGGCAGCUGGGGGACGGUGUGCGAUGACGAGUGGGACCUGAGGGAUGCCCAGGUGGUGUGCCAGCAGCUGGGCUGUGGCCAGCCCACCAACGCCCCGGGCAGCGCGUACUUCGGCCUCGGCUCCGGGAGCAUCCUCCUGGAUGACGUGCAGUGCCGCGGGGAUGAGACCUCCCUCGGGAUGUGCCGGCACAACGGCUGGGGCAUGCACAACUGCGGGCACGUAGAGGAUGCCGGCGUCAUCUGUGCAGUGAAUUAUCUUCCAUUUCUUUCUGCAGCACCUUAUUUUUGCGGUGGCUCAAUCUCAAAUUCUUCUGGGGUGCUGCAGAGCCCCUUCUUCCCUGGAAGAUAUCCAAACAACGCUGACUGCAUGUGGGAAAUACAAGUAGAGAACAAUUUCCGUGUUAUGCUCACAUUUAGAGAUAUUGUGAUGCAAGGCAGCAGAUGCCAGUACGACUAUGUUGAAGUCUACGAUGGGCCUCCACACUCUUCCCCGCUUCUUGGGAGACUUUGUUCUGGUUCCUUUCUCACGUACAUAUCCUCUUCAAACAUGAUGACCAUUCACUUUCACAGCGAUUCUAGAUACACCUUCCGAGGGUUUCAGGCUCACUACUCCUCCAUUCCAUCAAAUCACAACAUUACCCUCCUGUGCUUGCCAGACUACAUGCACGCUGUGGUUAACAGAGACUAUCUCCAGGUUCAGGGCUACUCAGCACAGAUGGUCACCCUGAAUGACAACCGCUGUAAACCAACGGUCACGUCACACGAGGUUAUCUUCAACAUUCCCUACAACAGCUGUGGGACGAUACGAGAGGAGAACAAUGAUACAAUCAACUAUUCCAACAUGAUCAAAGUUACAUCUUCUGGGUACAUAAUCAAGAGGAAAAAGAAUAUUCACUUACAUAUCAAUUGCAAAAUGCUACACAACACAUGGAUGCAAAUAAUGUAUGCUGCUGAAGAUACUGUAGAUGUGAAUGAAAAUCAGUUUGGAAGAUAUGACAUGAACAUCUCUUUUUAUGAUUCCUCAUCAUUCUUGCGGCAAGUGCACGACUCUCCAUACUACAUUGACUUGAACCAAAAUUUGUACCUUCAAGCUUCUCUUCACAGCUCUGACCCAAAUCUGAUCGUGUUUGUGGAUACAUGUGUGGCAUCACCUGAUCCUCAUGAUUUUAGCACUCUGGCCUAUGACAUAAUCAAGAAUGGAUGUGCUAGAGAUUCUUCCUAUGCUACCUACCAGUCCCCCUACAGCCACUUUGCUCGGUUCAGAUUUAAUGCCUUUGAGUUCAUCAGCCGCCACAGGCUGGUCUACCUGCAGUGCGAGCUGGUGGUGUGCCGGCUCCGGGACUAUGCUUCCCGCUGCUACCAGGGCUGUAUGAACAGAUCCAAGAGAGAUGCACGUUCUGCUGAGGAAAGAGUGAAUGUGGUUGUUGGACCACUUGGGCUUCGAGAAGGGGGUGCUCAGAGCAGGAAUAUGGGUAAAGUCAAAUAAAUUUGUCUCGUAUUUACUCUAAGACUACUUCGGGCUUCAAGGAAAGCCAGAGCUCUGCGUUUCUGGCACCACUGAAACUGGCUUUUGCUAACUUCUCCAUAAAAAAGAAGGGACUGUCUGGCUGACCCAAAUGUCUACAAAUCUUUUCUUUUAACACCUUGCAGCCCCCCUGUUUUCACAUGCACAUAUAAAAAGCACAAUUGCUGUGGCGGUCCCAAAGGAGAGGUAGCAUGUAACCCAUUUUAGUGCUAUGAGUCCUUUGACCUAAUUAGCUCCAGCCUGCUUGUGUAACGUGAUGGCCAGCGGGGAGCAAACUCCCAGCUCUCUUGGGAAACAUUUAAUUCCCUCAGUUGCCUUCUGCUUAUGAAAUUUGCUUAGUUCAGUUGUCAUCCCUGCUAACAUAAAACCUGUUCAAAUAGUUUAAACCAAUGAACCUGUAAGAAGUUAGCUUAUUUCUGACUGGUCCCCUUUUAAUGUAGCAGCUCUUUAUGCCCUGAUGCUUAAUACACCGAGAUCAAACCCCUCCUGCCUUCACUUGCAGGGCUGGACUCUCCUGUGCCUCCUCCCCAGGCGGGUCCCACUGCUGCUGACAAUCCCCUCGUACCCGUCGUUGCUGCUGCUGCCAUCCUGGCCGUUGCCGUUUUCGUUCUUGCCGGGUUUCUGGCAAGACCUGCACUGAAGAAACCAUUUUCUCAUGGGGUAAUGUGAGAUCAAAGGUCAGCAUCAUCCAUGAUGGUUACAGGGCAAACAUCACGUAUUACGAACUACCGAAAUGCUUCACUGACGGCAGUGCGGCAGUCACAUACGUGCCAUUUGUAAGAAGCUGUGAUGCCUUUAUCUACAAGUCCUAGCCUCUUAAAGUGCUUUAGAAUAACUUUGCAACCCUAACACCUGUUAAACAAUGAAGAAAUAUUUUAAACGUUAAUGUUAUGCAUUGUUUGAUACAGUCAUUUUAUCGUUUUCCUCGUCUUCAAUUUUAUUCUCACAUCCUUCUAAGACUAUUUAUCUAAUGGCUCAAAAUUUUGUGAGCUAGAGAGAAAAUAUGAAUGAGGUAUCAAUAAAUUUUCCAAGGUGUAUUAAAUGGGAGGAAGAGUUAAUUUGGGGAGAAGUAAUAGAUCAUGUCUGGAAAGGAAAUGUAAUAAUUGAUCUUACCAUGGCAUCUAGAAUUGCGACUAUACAAUAUUCUAAUUAUUUUGACUAUUGCUUUUAAUGCUAAUUUUCACAUUGAAACAAUAAUGUAUCUGUGCUUAUUUAUAAAAUACAGAGAUUUCCAAGCUAAAGUAAUCUGUUAGGUGAG